AUGUGGCUCGAUAUUAGACACUUAGCAUUGUGGGAUCACUGGUGGAUCUGCGGGUUUAACCCACCGGCUCAACGUAUCGGCUGCUGCUGCCGGGGGGCAUGUUAUACCCCAAAGGAUUACCACUAUAUUAAAAUCCCUAGCUUAAAUUUGUAUGAUCCAGUCUUGGCGCUUAUAAAAGAUAAUUUCGCAGGAGUGUAUUGCGGUACUUCCGAAGCGGCUCGCCGGUCCGUUGCUAGGUUGCCAGGCGCUUACAUGAAGAAACUAAAUGAAUCUUCUCAAUUAGCCUCCUGA